GUGUUUUUUAAAUUAAACCAACUUUAUACAUGAAAGUUUUUAUAGGAUUCAACAGUUAUGAAGCAAUAAAAAAAUUGUGAUUAUUCAGAAAAUUAUACUAUAUCUUUUUUGAUUUCUUAUACAUUGUAUGAAUUAAAUAUAAAUCCAUUUAUUGGAAUUACAGUAAUCUUUGUUUUAAUUAUGUCAUCUAAAGUUAAAAUUGGUCAAGGAGCUAUGGUGUGUAAAGAAAUUAAGGUGAAGGGUCAAGUAAUUAUUGGUUCUUCCACUAUAGUUCAUCCUGGUGUUACAAUUAUAGCUGAAGCUGGACCCAUUGAAAUAGGUGAAAGUAAUAUUAUUGAAGAAUACGUCACCAUCAUUCAUAAAUUUCAACCAGGUUAUGAAAAAUCUGAACCUAAAACUUUAAAAAUAGGAUCUAGUAAUGUGUUUGAAGUUUAUUCAACAGUUGAAGGAGUAAAUAGCAUUGGAGAUAAUAAUAUCUUUGAAUCUAAAAGUUAUGUUGGUCGAAAUAUUAAUAUUGGAAAUGAUUGUGUAGUUGGAGCUGGUUGUCGUUUAACAUCUACUGUACCAGUUGAGGAUGGGAUUUGUAUUUAUGGAAAGAAUUGUAUUCGACAAAAGGCUUACUGCAAACCUUCAGUACCAAGUGGUCAUCGAGAAUUUUUGAUGAAAUUACUACCUAGUUACCAUCUAUUGAAGAAAAAUAGAAGUACUACUGAAGGAAGUUAAAGCUACGUACACUUAAACUAUGUUAUUUUUAUUAACCAACUUAUUUUGUAUAUAAACAUAGUAUUAAUUAAAUAUACAACUAAAUUAAUUUAGCUGGAAGAAUAUAUUUUUGUUAACUAUUUUAAUAGAAUUUAUGGAGAAACAGUUAUUUACAUAAUUUGCAUAAAAAAUAAUAAUACAAGAAUGUUUGAUACUUUUUUUA